UGUGACUCUGUCAGUCCCCCUCUGGCCCCGCCCCCUGAGCGGGGUGAUGCCGGUUAGUGGCAGCGCCACCCACAGGCGGCCCCUGGGUUGCGGCUGGAGAGCUCCGGGAGUGGCCCGUCCCCCGGGCCUCUCAGCCCCAGCCUGGCCGCGGCCCGUGCGGCGGCGUGUCCGCUCUCAGGCGGGGCGGUCAGUCUGUCACGGCAAGGCGGGGAGCCAGCUGUGGGGGGGUCUCCCCACGUCCCUGCACCGCGGGCACCCGCUGCUGCCAAGGCGGUGCUUGGCCUGGGGGAAAGGUAGCCCUAGAGCUGGAUGAUCAAGUCUUACCAUAAAUGGUCAUUGUUUAGGAUGUAGCAGCAUCUGAAGAAAUAUGAAGUGGCUUUGUGUCAUAUUGACAAAAAAAAUUGGAUGUCAUCUCUGGGCACUUUCAACAGUGAUUCCCAAAAAAGUAAAAACAUUUCCUUAUCCCUAUAUAAUUGAGCAUAGAAUGUUGUCAGGUUACAAAUCUAAAGAUAACAUCAAAGACUCUUACAGACUUCUUAAACUUCAGGAGGGGUGUUCCCUAGAUGAUGUAAGAAAUUCAUUUAGAAAUCUUGCCAAACAGUAUCAUCCAGACAGUGGUUCCAUCACAGCUGAUUCUGCAACAUUUAUGCAGAUAGAAGCAGCAUACCGGACUGUGCUUUCUGAUGUGGCCAAGAAAAUGAAAUCAAGUGAAAAUGAAGAUGAAGAGGAAACCAAAUUCAAAUCCAAAGCACCACAGCACAGGCAGUAUUUAAGUUUUGAAGGUGUUGGUUUUGGGACUCCAAGUCAAAGAGAGAGACAGUACAAGCAGUUUAGAGUAGACCGUGCAGCUGAGCAGGUGAUGGAAUAUCGAAAGCAGAAACUUGAGAGCCAGUAUGCUAUGAACGCUAUGAUAGCCAAAGAUAUAAGGCAGAGUAAGAAGAUAAAAAUAACCCAAGCAAUUGACCGUUUGGUUGAGGACCUCAUCCAGGAAUCAAUGGCUAAAGGAGACUUUGAUAACCUCAGUGGUAAAGGAAAACCAUUGCAGAAAUUUUCAUACUGUCCACAUAUUGAUCCUAUGACUCACAACCUGAACAGAAUUCUCAUAGAUAAUGGAUACCAACCAGAAUGGAUUCUGAUGCAGAAAGAAAUACGAGAAACUAUUGAGGAACUAAGAAAGAACAUAGUAGCAUCUAGGAAUAAACUUGGAGAGCCAAUGACACCAUGUAGACAGAAACAAUGGAGUCAGAUUUGUGAACAAUUAAUAGAAGAUAUCAAGAAACUAAACAAAAGAAUUAAUGACUUUAAUUUAAUUGUUCCCAUUCUGAACAGACAAAUGGUUCAUUUUAAUGCAGACAAAGAAAUUGCACGAGCACAGGCGGCUUAUGAGAUCCUGAUGGAAAAAACAAAGACCAUUGAUGUGGAUACAAAGGAAAAUGAACAGGAAAAAGUUAAAAUAUUUAGGCUUAAAUCCAGCUUUUUGAAGUGGAUAAAUCUUAUGCUGAAAUAAAAUAAAACAGAUAUACCAGUUUUGAUUAAAUGUUCAUGUUAAUACAUUUCGUAGUUUGAGAGAGAAUUUUUCAGGUUUACUGAAAAUAUAAAACCUACCUGUUUCAAUGUUUAGAAGGAAUCUAGCUGCUUGACCUGGUUCUCCAAGUGGUCAAUAUGAAAGCUGCUUAAGAAUAAAUAAUUUUUCUCAGCCA